AUGCGCCCACACGAGGCUUACCACGUAUAUAGUCAUUCACAGAACCACCUGGCAGAGAGCCAGGAGAUCGGUCGUGAGGUUCGGAGUGGAUGUGGGAUCAAGUGCAAGAUCACCGGCAAAUCGAUGGGAGCUAUUAUCGAAGCACUAAAAAAAAACAGAACAUUCGACAAAGUAUUUUAG